AUGCCCAAGUUUCCUCCCGAAGCCUCGAAGAUCGCGCAACAAUCACCCCCGCCUCACCGUCCCGUCUCCGAUUCGCAAGAACCCAACACAGUGCCGUCGAGCAGCAACAAGGAGAAUACCUCCCCUACAGAGCUAGAGACUCCCUCGCAGUCGACAACAAUCCCAAACUCAACCGCAACGCCGCCCCCAUCGAGUGAGCAAGUGCCAGACUCUCAACCCCAGUCAUUUACCGACACUUCGAACGAUGCUCUCCCUGCACCACUUGCCUUACUCUUCGAGUCCAUUAAGACCACAUUGAAGUCGUUUUUCGCUUCCAGACCGCCGCAUACCAUUCAGAGACUGGCAGAACUGGUCAUCCGCCCCAACGCCCACUACCGAACCCUCCCCGCGUACCUGCGAGCCGUCGACCGGGUAGUCUCCGUCACCAGCACGGCCGAUAUCUUCCCCCUGCAAACGGAUGUCAACAUCGGGCAGACAAAUGGCAUCAUGAACGGCGGUGCGAGUAGCUUCAUGUUUCCCGACCAGGCGCCAGGGAGCGAUGAGUCCCUCGGCGGAGCCCUACUCACCCCCAUCCCGUGGUUGACCGGCGCCUCUUCCCCUGGGCCCGAGGGCGAAUCGUCGCUCAGCGAAGUCUCCGGCGAAUCGGUAUCCCUGAUCGUGCAACCCUCGCAGCCAGAGCAAGACCAAGCGCAGGCCCUAGAGAGCGAGACCGUCUCCCAUUCAGCAGCAGACGCCCCGUCAUCAGCACCGGCAGAACACGAGCCAGCCGGCGGUGAUGGCUCGGCGCCAGAAACGACCGAGGAGAUUCCACACGCGCGCGGGCCGCCGGUCCUCGGGGUCGAGGAUAUGGGUCUACAAGACGGCAAGGGCAUCGAGAUGAAUCUCUCAAACGACAAGGAUGCCAUGGAUAUCCAGACGUCCACAUCCGCGUCCGCGUCAGGAUCCGCAACUGCUGAUACCGAACCCAGCUCCGCUGCAGAAGGACAAAGCAACUCAGGCCUGGAGCCUGCCCCUCAGGCCGAUGCGGACGGCGACGGUGACAUCCAGCUGGAUGAUGUGAAGGAUGCAGUGGAAACGGCACCCGACACCUCGAGGGAUGGCCAAUCUGAGCAGUCGGCAAUGCAGACGGAGCAAUCGACGGAAAGCGAGGCUGUGUAG